CGAGCGGGCGGGGUGCGCCGGUCCGCUCCUGCGAGAGCAGCUGGGCCCGCGGAGCUGGAGCUGGAUACCGAGCCGGGGCCCGGGCGGGAGUCGGGGCCAGGGCCGGGCCGGAGCGGGCUCCAGCGAUAUGGGGUCGGCCGACUCCAAGCUGAACUUCCGAAAGGCGGUGAUCCAGCUCACCACCAAGACGCAGCCCGUGGAAGCCACUGAUGACGCCUUUUGGGACCAGUUCUGGGCGGACACGGCCACCUCGGUGCAGGAUGUCUUUGCACUGGUGCCGGCAGCGGAGAUCCGGGCAGUGCGAGAGGAGUCGCCCUCCAACCUGGCCACUCUGUGCUACAAGGCUGUUGAGAAGCUGGUGCAGGGAGCCGAGAGCGGCUGCCAUUCGGAGAAGGAGAAGCAGAUUGUCCUGAACUGCAGCCGGCUUCUCACCCGCGUGCUGCCCUACAUCUUUGAGGACCCUGACUGGAGGGGCUUCUUCUGGUCCACAGUGCCCGGGGCCGGGCGAGGAGCGGGAGAGGACGAUGAUGAGAACGCCCGGCCCCUGGCCGAGUCCCUGCUCCUGGCCAUCGCUGACCUGCUCUUCUGCCCAGAUUUCACCGUCCAGAGCCACCGGCGGAGCACCGUGGACUCGGCGGAGGACAUCCACUCUCUGGACAGCUGUGAAUACAUCUGGGAGGCCGGUGUGGGCUUUGCUCACUCCCCCCAGCCCAACUACAACCACGACAUGAACCGGAUGGAGCUGCUGAAACUGCUGCUGACGUGCUUCUCUGAGGCCAUGUACCUGCCCCCAGCUCCAGACAGCAGCAGCGUCAAUCCAUGGGUGCAGUUUUUUUGUUCCACAGAGAACAGACAUGCCCUGCCCCUCUUCACCUCCCUCCUCAACACCGUGUGUGCCUAUGACCCUGUGGGCUACGGGAUCCCCUACAACCACCUGCUCUUCUCUGACUACCGGGAACCCCUGGUGGAGGAAGCUGCUCAGGUGCUCAUUGUCACCUUGGACCAUGACGGCGCCACCCCCACCGUGGACGGUACCACCACAGGCACAGCCAUGGAUGAUGCUGAUCCUCCAGGGCCCGAGAACCUGUUUGUGAACUACCUGUCCCGCAUCCAUCGCGAGGAGGACUUCCAGUUCAUCCUCAAGGGCAUAGCCCGGCUGCUCUCCAACCCCCUGCUCCAGACCUACCUGCCCAACUCCACCAAGAAGAUCCAGUUCCACCAGGAGUUGCUGGUCCUCUUCUGGAAGCUCUGCGACUUCAACAAGAAAUUCCUCUUCUUUGUGCUGAAGACCAGUGACGUGCUGGAUAUCCUGGUGCCCAUCCUCUACUUCCUCAACGAUGCCCGGGCAGAUCAGUCUCGGGUGGGCCUGAUGCACAUCGGCGUCUUCAUCCUGCUGCUUCUGAGCGGCGAACGGAACUUCGGGGUGCGGCUGAACAAGCCCUACUCAGUGCGCGUGCCCAUGGACAUCCCGGUCUUCACCGGCACCCACGCCGACCUGCUCAUUGUGGUUUUCCACAAGAUCAUCACCAGCGGGCACCAGCGGCUGCAGCCCCUCUUCGAUUGUCUGCUCACCAUCGUCGUCAACGUGUCCCCCUACCUCAAGAGCCUGUCCAUGAUGGCCGCCAACAAGCUGCUGCACCUGCUGGAGGCCUUCUCCACCACCUGGUUCCUCUUCUCUGCCGCCCAGAACCACCACCUGGUCUUCUUCCUCCUGGAGGUCUUCAACAACAUCAUCCAGUACCAGUUUGACGGCAACUCCAACCUGGUCUACGCCAUCAUCCGAAAGCGCAGCGUCUUCCACCAGCUGGCCAACCUGCCCACUGACCCGCCCACCAUCCACAAGGCGCUGCAGCGGCGCCGCAGGGCGCCCGAGGCCUUGUCCCGCACCAGCUCACAGGAGGGCGUCUCCAUGGAGGGCUCCCACCCCGCUGCCCCCGCCGAGCCGGGCACCCUCAAGACCAGCCUGGUGGCCACCCCAGGCAUUGAGAAGCUGACGGAGAAGUCCCAGGUGUCAGAAGAUGGCACCUUGCGAUCUCUGGAGCCUGCACCCCAGCAGAACUCGGCAGAGGGCAGCCCAGCCUCGGAGGACCAGGAGCCCAGCCAGGCGUGGCGGGAGCAGCGGCGACUGUCCAGCGCAUCAGCCGGUGGGCAGUGGAACCCGACGUCGGAGUGGGUCCUCUCCUGGAAGUCGAAGCUGCCGCUGCAAACCAUCAUGAGGCUGCUCCAGGUGCUGGUUCCCCAGGUGGAGAAGAUCUGCAUUGACAAGGGCCUGACGGACGAGUCGGAGAUCCUGCGGUUCCUGCAACAUGGCACCCUGGUGGGGCUGCUGCCUGUGCCCCACCCCAUCCUCAUCCGCAAGUACCAGGCCAACUCGGGCACGGCCAUGUGGUUCCGCACCUACAUGUGGGGCGUCAUCUAUCUGAGGAACGUGGACCCACCUGUCUGGUACGACACAGACGUGAAGCUGUUUGAGAUCCAGCGGGUGUGAAGAUGGAAGCCUGCAAGGGGCAGGGACCAGGGGAAGGUGGGGACCCUGGUCCCCCGAUGUUCCCGCCGACCCACCAUUCUGAGCUUUAAAUUACUACGAUCAGGGCUGGGGGCUUGAGUGGCUGAGUCCGGAGUGGCAGACCCCGGAGGCCCCUCGUGGCUGGGAUGGUGGGGACCGGCCCUGCCCCCUGCCUCCAGGCUGGACUGAGAGGGACCUUCUGUCUCCAGGGCUGCAGCCCUCCACCAGGGCCCCACCUCACUCUGGCUCCCCUUCGGGACCCGUUUCUGUGCUGACCCUCAGUGCCCGCCUGGCUCCUGAGCUGCCCAGCCCUGGAGGCCACCAGGUCACUGUGCCCUAGUGGGCUGCCCAAGAGGGAGUCUUGGGUGGCCCCUUGAGGCACCUGGGCAGGGUGAGGGGAGCCUUUCCAAGCCUCCUAACCUGAAACCACCUGGUCCAGGCCCGGCUCGCUGCCAGGACCCCGGGAAGAAGGAGGGUGACCAGGCUGCUUGUGGAGGAGGCUGGGGGCUGACAGACACCGAAAGGCAGACGAGGGGACCUCGUGCAUUUUAGGGAUUUGGAGUGGGGUGUUGAGGGUCUCCUGCUAUAUUCUUCUGGGUCAAUGAAUAUAGCCUGGCUGGCUCUUAUAUGGUAAUGGGGGCGGGGGAACAGCUGAUCAGUCCUCCCUGCCCCUGCCCACCGCCUGAUGACUUGCGGGGAGGGGGACCAGGAUACCAACGCCCCAUCCUCCUGAUUCUGGCCUCUUGGUCUCCCUCACCCCACCUGUGUCAGUACAAUCUUUGCUCUGUACAAUCGGCCCCUUUACACAAUAAAACCCCCUCUCCA